GCAUUUGAUGAGGGUCAGGGGCAAUAUAUGCCACACAAAUAUGUAAGUUGGAAUUUGAAGUUUGAUUAUGUUAAGAUGUAAAUCAACACUAAAGAUAAUCGCGGAGUUUUAAAAUAAAAAUAUAUUUAUAUCAGUUUGCAAAAUUAAAACUACUGCAACUACAUAAUAAAUUCAAAUAAAAUGCACAAAAGCUUCAAUAAAAGAACUUUCUGUGCUUUGCUUUUUUAUAUAAAUAUGUAAAAAUCAUAAUCAUAUUGAUUAUUAGACUAGAUCGUAAAAUAAUAGAUGUUUCGAUACAAUUAUUACAGUUCAAAUCGUUUGUUCGAAUGUGGCAGCAUCGUUUCCGGGGCACCUGAGAUUUUGAGUGAGAUUGAGAGGUUCUAUGGGCAGCUGUACACGUCAUCGUUGGAGCCACACGCAAGUGUGAGUAACGAUCCAAGAGCGAGUCUUAUCCGACACUAUUCCGAAGAUAUCCCGUACGUCAGUCUGAGCGAGAUUAGAAUGGCUCUCCUUAAAAACGGCAAGGCUCCAGGCGAGGAUGGAAUUACAGCGGAGCUUCUGAAAGCGGGUCGAAGACCAGUACUUGAAGUCCUUCAGAAGCUCUUUAAUUCCGUGGUGGCGUUACACCGGAGGCGUGGAGCAGAAGUGCGGUGGUCUUGUUCCUCAAGAAAGGUGACAACGCUCUCUUGAAGAACUACAGACCGAGUUCCCUUCUGAGCCGCGUCUACGUGCUGUUUUCGAGAGUCAUUACGAAUCUUCUCGCGCGCAGACUUGACGACUUCCAGCCUGCCGAACAAGCCGGUUUCCGAAAGGGCUUUAGCACCAUAGACCACAUACAUACCCUUCGGCAAAUUGUACAGAAGUCCGAGGAGUACAAUUUGCCACUAUGUCUGGCGUAUGUGCACUAUAAGAAAGCCUUUGAUUCCGUCGAAAUUUAGGCGGUGCUGCAGUCCCUUCAGCGGUGCCAAGAUGACUAUCGGUAUAUCGAAGUGCUGAAGUGUUUGUACAGUAGAGCUACGAUGGCUAUCCGAGUACAUAACCAGAGUAUGAAAUCUAUCCAAUUGCAGAGAGGUGUAAGACAGGUUGAUGUUAUAUCCCCGAAACUCUUCACCGCUGCAUUGGAAGACGUUUUCAAGCUUCUGGACUGAAAAGAAUACGGUAUUAACAUCAAUGGCGAGUACAUCACUCACCUUCGAUUUGCCGACGAUAUAGUCAUUAUGGCAGAAUCGCUGGAGGACCUAAGCACCAUGCUCAAUAACCUCCCAACGAAUAGGUCUUAGGAUGAACAUGGACAAAACAAAGAUCAUGUUUAACGUCCAUGUCACACCUAUGCCGGUAGUUGUUGGGAGCACUAAGCUCGAAGUUGUUGACGAGUAUGUUUAUCUGAGACAAAUAGUCCGACUAGGUAAGUCCAACUUCGACCGAGAGGUCAAUCGACGGAUUGAACUCGGCUGGGCAGCGUUCGGGAAAUUACGACACAUCUUCUCGUCAGACAUACCUCAAAACCUUAAAACGCAAUUGUACAACCAGUGCGUGUUGCCAGUGAUGACUUACGGAUCUGAGACGUGGUCCUUCACUGCUGGCCGUAUGAGGAAGCUCAAGGUCGCUCAGCAAGCUAUGGAGAGGGCUGUGCUCGGGGUUUCUCUGCGUGAUAAACUUAGAAAUGAGUAUAUCCGCAGUAGAACCAGAGUAACCGACAUAGCCCAACGGAUUAGUAAGCUGAAGUGGCAGUGGGCCGGCCAUAUAGCUCGAAGAACCGACAACCGAUGGGGAAGAAAGGUUCUUGAGUGGCAGCCUCGUACCAGUAGGCGAAGUGUAGGGCGACCCCCCACGAGAUGGAGUGAUGACCUGGUAAGACAUGCAGGAAGUUGAUGGAUGCGGGUGGCUCAGGACCGUGAUUUGUGGCAUUCCUUGGGGGAGGCCUAUGUUCAGCAGUGGACUUAUGAAAGGCUGUGAUGAUGAUGAUGAUGAAAUCGUUUGUAUCAUUAUCAUAAAUCUGGCUUAAUUAAUGUACAUUUUGUAAUAAAAAUUUAAUGUUAAAUACAAUAAAGUAAGAAUUUUCACGUAAAAUACGUGAAAAUUCUUACUUUAUUUAUUAACUGUCGCAGAUUAUGACCAUAAACAAAAUUCUGCAUUGAUCAAGGCCUUAUGGGAUUCAAUGAUAGCUUUAGUGAGUAUGGUAAAACAUUUAAAAACAAUUAUCAUACUUAUGUUUAUAUAAAACUAAAACUUUUUAUAAACUAUUUUUGCCCAUAUUGCAUUAUUUCGGGAAAUAAAGUGAGUAAGUAUAAUUUUUGUUUUAUUUGUAAUGCUAGCAGCAUACUACCUCUCGAUAGGAUUUAUUGACAUGUAAGUUUUAGCAGCCUUCAGAAAAGAGGUUUUCAAUUUAACUAUAUGUGAUUUUUUCUGUAUAUAUGUUAUGCGAUAUGAUGGCUAAUUGUGAACUGAUCUUGAUGAUUCUACUUUGAUUAGAGAAUUUACCUCAAGGCAAGUCUUAUUUAAAUUCAAAGCAAAAUUGCCUUUAUAGUAAAAAAUAGGGGACAAAGUUUGAGAUUGUAAUAUACUUUAAUCCAUUCAAAGGGACAUGUGAGAUAAUUCUGCAUGCCUCUUUUAUGAACUAAUUUCUACAUAUAACUUCUGAAGUCUGGGGUGUUUAUUUUUUCGAUACCGCUCUUAGCACCGACUUCAGAAGCUGUUAUGUUUGUUCCAACUACGGAGCAAACUCCGUGGUUCCAACUAUCAAUUUUUAAAAAUACUGUUGAUAUUAUACAUAAAGAGAAGCAUUACUGUAAUGAUAACAACUUAAUAGAGAGCACCUAUCAUUUCGACGAAUGCAUUUUCUGCACCAACGCCAUAUUUGUAAACGUCAGCCCACUUUAUUUCCUUCAUCUGUAUUAGUUCCAUGAUCCUUUAGUUAUAAAUCACGGAUGUAAAAAAUACGGACGUAAUCACUGAAAAUGUGUGAAGCACCCUAGGUCCCACAAUUUUGUUUGUCAUACGCGAGAUACACGCACGCACCACACAUAUCCCCAAUCGGUGUCAGUAUGCAAACAUGCACAGAUUUUCAGUGUAAUAUUACAUCAGUGCCAAUGUAAUGUAUGUUAAAAAAUUUAUAAUCUUUCCCUAAUCCAGAUGCUGUGAACAGGCCUCUUAUUUCAAAAGGAGACUGAUACGCUUUCAUACAUUCUUGGGCCCAGAUUGUAAAAAGAUGACAGUGAUGUCAAGUAAUAGCUUAUAUAUUAUUAAAACAUCACCGAAAAUUCUGCGGACUUUGGCAAUGUGAGAGCAGAAUUAUAAGAGAUUUAGUAAAAGUGAGGUUAUGCAACAAGUUGGCAACAACCUAUACUGAACAGCUGAUUUUUAAAGUGGGAUUGCUAUUUUGGAAGGAUCAUGGGCCUAAUGUAUUACAGCGACUAGUCACUAUGACACAAUUCACACAGCGAUCCAUUGAGUCAUCCCUUGAAGUAUUAGGCUUAAAAAAAUGGAUUUAUAUUUACAUUAUAAAUGCAAACAUGAAAAAAAUAUCGACAUUUUAGAAAUCGAUUUUUUGGGAAUCGAUACAUCAGCUUACAAUUCGAAUCUAUUUAAAAAAUCAAUCUUUUUCGGAAAGAAUCGACAUCCCUACUGACGUCGACAAUGACAUUACAAAAUGGCGCCAGUUUAUUAGCAGAUUAGACAUAAACAUUGCAAGAAUAAUUGAUUUUCAAUUAUUCUUUUCUCAAAAAUUACGCGUUUCCGUAUAUUGAGACUUUGUGUGUGUGCUUAUAAUAGUGUAAUCUUUCUGUAAAAAUACGUAUCAACACCAAACUCCACUGACGUCAAUGGAAAGCUAAGCCAAAUUUUAAGUUAAUGGCUGAAGUAAAUGAGGAAUUCUAUUAUUUUAAAUAAUUAAUUGUCAACAUUAUUUUAUGCACAAUCGCACACCUCUAGUCUUAUUAAUUACAAAAUCAAGGAUGUCUGAAUAACAAUGACAAACAAUCUUUUAUGUUUUUAUUUCAGAUGAUACAGUUUAAAUAAACUUAGUGUGAUAUUUGAUCAGCCAUCGUAAAAAAAGGUAUGAGGAAUAAUUUUGCUGUCAAAACACGUAAUAACUGAUGGAAAUGUAUCAUAAUGACAAGAUGAUGUGUACUAAACAGGACUGCAAGCAUACUCAAUUGCGCUUGUUAGAUAAAUUAAAUGAUGACCAUGUGAUUCCCAACGAAGUAAAAAAAUUAAGCUCAAUACACUGGAUAUCGAAUGUAUUGAAGAGAACCUUUUCACUGAAAAUAUUCAAGUGCAAGCAGCAAAGGAGGAAUUAUAUGUUCACUCUAUAGUAUGUACCACACAUGGGUUUCUGAAAGGCAUGGACAUCAUUAGAAUCGAAAAGUGUACAUUGCCACCAAUCC